UCAUCAUAAGUCUCUCACUUGCCAUCCCUCCUCUGGUCCGCACUGUAGACCUACCCCUCUCUGGACAGUACACGCAGCCUACACGCAGGAUUUAAACGGGCCAUGGAAUAACGCACAGACCACUCAAGCCUCGUCUUUGGAAAAAAGGGAUUUAUAGGUCGGCUAACUAAGAAGAGAGGGAAGAGGGAAAGGAAAUGCCCUCGAGCUCGUCCUGUCAUCUUUCAGAUGUUACGGCUUGUAUCUGACGUUAUAAUAGACCCUGUCAUUCAGCUAACUAACUUGAGACGUGCGUCUGGUGUUGAACACCCUCUCAUUCGGCUGAAUAAAGACGGCCGUCUGGUGUUGAAGUAGCACCCUCUCAUUCGUCUCGACAAGGCUUCAAUCUGGUGUUGGACACCGCUCACAUUCAGCUCAUUAGACUUACAGUUUCUGGUGUCAAACACCCUGCGUCAUACGGAGAGCAGAAGCCCCCCUCGGUCGCCGGAGACCCGUGGUGUGUCAAAGAUGGACCAGCGAUAUGGACAUUUCGUUUUGACAACAAUAGCAACAGCAGUGCUGCUGCCCUGCCUGCUGUCCUUUAACGUGGACCAGAAGACCGGCCUGUCCUUCAGUGGGCCUCUGGAGGACAUGUUUGGCUACUCCGUCCAGCAGUUUGCAAACGCUGAAGGCAAAUGGGUUCUCAUUGGCUCACCACAUGCUGGUCAACCAUCGAAGAGAACAGGAGACGUCUACAAGUGUCCUGUGGGAACAGGAGACAACACCUGUAUCAAGCUCGAGCUGCCCCAAAACACAACGGUUCCCAACUUGCGUGAAGUCAAGGAGAACAUGACCAUGGGAACCACGCUGGUGACCAAUCCCAGCGGAGGGUUUCUGGCCUGCGGUCCUCAGUAUGGUUACAUGUGUGGUCAGCAGCAGUUCAUCUCUGGUGUCUGCGCCAACGUUAGCUCCUCCUUUGAGGUCCUGAACUCCAUAGCACCAGCAGUACAAGAAUGUGCCAAGGAGUUGGACAUUGUGAUCGUGCUGGACGGCUCCAACAGUAUCUACCCCUGGUCUAGCAUCCUGGAAUUCUUGCUGAAGUUCCUCGCGAACAUUGAGAUCGGACCUCAGCUCUCACAGGUGGGCAUCGUAUCGUACGGAGAGAACGUGACUCAUCGAGUCAACCUGAGCCAGUUUGACAACAGGGAAUCGCUACUCAGAAAAGUCAUGGCUCUACCCCAGGACACGGGCAUCAAGACCAUGACCGCCUCGGGCAUCGAGACCGCCAGGAAAGAGGCCUUCAUGGAGGAGCGAGGGGCGCGGCCCGGGGUGAAGAAGGUGAUGGUGAUCGUGACGGACGGAGAGUCACAUGACUCCCAUGAGCUGGAUAGAGUCAUCGACGAGUGUCAGGACGACGGCAUCGAGCGCUUCGGAAUCGCCGUUUUGGGUGAUUACAACCGUCAGAACAAAAGUGCUGCCGAAAUCCAUAAGUUUAUCAAGGAGAUUAAGUCCAUUUCCAGCGAACCACUGGGAGAGCAUUUCUUCAACGUGUCCGAUGAGGUGGCCCUGCUCACCAUCGUGGACGCCCUGGGGAGCCGUAUCUUUGCCUUGGAGGCGACAUCUGGCAACCACACCUCGUCAUUUGCCAGGGAGAUGUCCCAGGCAGGAUUCAGCGCACACACAUAUGAAGGCGGUGUGUUGCUAGGCGCCGUGGGCGCGUACGACUGGAACGGGACGGUGGAGAUGCACCUCGCUGGACGCGCCGUGGCCCCCGACAACCUGCAGUUCUUCGACCCCGAGACGGAGGCCGGGUACGAGGGGCUGGCCGGCUACCUCGGUUACGACGUCCAGUCGGCGGCCACACCUGACGGGACGCUGUAUAUAGCGGGAGCCCCCCGCUACAACCACACCGGCCGGGUGGUCCUCUACCGCCUGGACGAGAAGGACAAAGUGGUGGUCACCCAGAUACUGAAGGGAGAGCAGAUUGGCUCCUACUUUGGGAGUGUGCUGCAGACGGUGGACGUGGACAAGGACUCCUACACCGACCUGCUGCUGGUGGGCUCCCCCAUGUACAUGGGCCGGGAGCGGGACGAACAGGGACAGGUCUACGUCUACAAGUACAACCAGGAGGCGGGCCUGUUCGAGCACCAGUUCACCCUAAGGCCUGUCAACCAGUCCUGCUGCAACGCCCGCACCGCCAGCUGCACCAACAAGAACGAGCCGUGCGGCGCCCGCUUCGGCACGGCCAUCGCCGCCGUGUCCGACCUCAACCUGGACGGCUUCAACGACGUGGCCAUCGGCGCGCCGCUGGAGAACGACCACCGGGGGGCGGUGUACAUCUACCACGGAGCGGAGAGGGCCCUGAAAGAGGCCUUCGUGCAGAGGAUCCCGGCCGGAGGAGACGGUGUGAAGGUGAAGUUCUUCGGUCAGUCCAUCCAUGGGGUCAUGGACCUGAACGGGGACGGGAUCACGGACGUCACCAUCGGGGGGCUGGGAGGCGCCUCGCUGUUCUGGUCUAGAGAUGUCGGGGAGCUCCGUGCCACCAUGACCUUCGACCCCUCGAAGAUCAACAUCCAACAGACCAACUGUGAAUUCCAGGACCGCAGGACCGUGUGCGUCCAGACGGAGCUGUGUUUCACCUACAGCAUCAAGUCUGACAAAGGGGCGCCCGCCGCCAGCCAGGAGCUCACCGAAAUACGCUACGCACUGACCCUGGACGCCCUGCGGGCCAAGGCCAGAGCGUCGUUCAGCGGCCCGGAGGAUAAGAGAAGGAUCUCCAGGAACACCUCCAUGACGGACAAGAAGUGUUUCACGGAGCACUUCAGAAUGUCGGCCAGGCCGGACUUCCGGGACCCUAUCAUGGUCUCCCUCGUGUUUGGCUUGGCCAAUGAGGACCAGGGGCCAGUCCUGGACGCAAACCUGCCUACCUCCAUCAACAAGACUAUUCCUGUAGUGGACUGCGGAGUAAAUGGGAAGUGCAUUGCAGACCUGUCUCUUAAAGCAGAGCCAAGUGUCAAUGAAAUGGUGAUUAAAGUCUACAAGGAGAAGAUUACUGUGUCUGUUGAUGUUAAAAACAGCAAAGACAAUGCAUACAACACCAAGGUUAUAGUGGACUUCAGCCAGAACAUCAACUAUGUCAAAGUAGAGCCUGACAUCAAGGAGUGCAAUCUGAACCACACUCGGUUAGAGUGUGCUGUGGGGUACCCCUUCCUGGCCAGCAACGCAGAGGAGCAUUUUAAACUGACGUUUGAAGUCACCCCUGAGCAUAUUGGAGCAGAGAUUCAAAUAAACGUAACUGCUACAAGCGAUAGUGACGAAUCCCCUUCGACCUUGGGCGACAACAUGGUGAAAAUCAAAAUCCCUGUCAAGUAUGAAGCCGGGCUCAUAUUCUCAGUGAGGCCGAAGGACGAUCACAUCGUAUAUAAGGAGGGCGAACAGUACCCGGCCGUCUUCAACCACACCAGCGCCAUAGGGAAGGAGCUCACCAUAACAUACAAGGUGGAGAAGGCGCUGAAGGUGACCACCCCUCCCUUGAAGCUGACCAUCACCUACCCUUACCGGUCCACCAUGAACAACAUCCUCCUCUACCUCACCCAUGUCACCUACAGCCCCGAAAUCACAUGUAAUGCGGACGAUCAGAUCAACCCAGAAAAGAUCGGCUCUAAGACCCAUACGGUCAAAACGUCAAAAGAAUCACUGAGCGCUUACCUUGUGAGCUGUGGGACCAUCCUUUGUAGGUCCUUUGACUGCAUGAUCCCUGAGGCCGUUACCAGUGAGGUCAACGUCACGUUUAGAGUGUGGAAACCCACUUUUAUCAAGGCUGAGUUUUCCAGCUUAUACAUGAUGGUGAAUGGUACCCUUAAAGCCCGGGAUCAUCUAUUUUUGCUGACCAGUGACCACAAUGCCCGGAUUGUGAAAAUCCAGGUGUCAAAGGAGGCUAUAGGAGGGAUCCCUUGGUGGAUCAUCCUGAUCAGCAUCCUGAUAGGACUGCUUAUCCUUGCACUAGUCAUCUUCGGACUAUGGAAGAUUAACUUCUUCAAGAGGAAGAGUCUGGAGGACAGGAAGGAGGACAUGAUGGAAUGAGGGGUGACCAGAGGCCAGCACUUAGCACCAGCAGUGUCAGCAGCUCAGUGGGCCAAGGUUACCGGGCCACACAGACAAUGGAAGUAGGCCUACAAAAUCAGCAGCUGGACGGACUGCGUAACAUGCUUUAGAGGGGACAUAUUAUACCACCAGCUGUGAGUGGGAUUAGCCUACGAGCUGUUUUGAAAAUCUGCCCCAUAUGACAUCACUACUGGGCGUGUCCACCUAGAUCUGAGCUGGAUAGAUCGGUUUACAAGCCUUCCCAGUGGACUGAAGUAAACGUUGCUCAUCUAUCCAGCACACAUCUAGGUGGACACGCCCACUAGUGAUGUCAUAUGGGGCCGAUUUUUGAAACGGCUUGUAAGGCUAAUCACACUCACACCUGGUGGUAUAUGUCUCCUUCAAGUCGCACAUCUGCCUCACUGGUGUUUAGACCGACACAGACUGUACAGGCGAUUGACUACUUCCACUCACUCACGCCUGGGCAAAGGAGUAGUGUCCCUCGAACAAAAGCCAUAUAAAGACAAUCCCAAUGGUCUGGUAAGAUUAAAAAAGAAAUGUCUUCUUGAUCAAUUUGAUGUAUGUCGUAGUCUCCCCGCAGAUUUUCCCCGCAUUUACUCUCACCAUCAACCUCUGGUCAGUUCUAAAAUUAGGCAAGAAUGGUAAAGUAUACAAGGGGAGAUGAGAUGUAGCUGGUGGGUGUCAAGAACCGCUUUGACAAACCACAUUGCUCGUAAAGAUAUAGCUGUUGCACUAAUAUCACCAAUAGUUGCAUACACAUCUAAUUAGCUAAACUGCUAUUGAAAUAAAACACAUACUCAGGUUUUUAACUCAUCCACCCUCAAAAACAGUUUCAAAAUGAUUUAUAUAUGUAUAUUAUGUUGCUAUCUUAAGAACAGCAAAGAGAUUAUUCUGAGAAAUGAUAUGUAAGCCAAGUGGGUUUAAUGGAUCAAACAUUUAUCUGGUGAUUUGUAAAGGCUAGAUAGACAUUUAUACAUGUAGAAUACCAAUGUUCUAAACUAAAUUAUACAUGUAAAAUACCAAUGUCCUAAACUAAACAGAGGUUUGCUUUGUUAUUUUAAUUGAAACACUGUUCAUUUCAGCCUUUUACAUAUUUUAUUCCUUAAGGAUAGCCAUUUUAAAUAUGACAAAUUCCUCAUCCUCUUAUUCCUAAUGUUGGAUUUCUACACUGAUUUUCACAACGUUUUUUUUUUCACAAAGUCAAGGUGCAGAAUGUAUGCUUUUAUUUUUUAUACCAUUUUAACUAAGUUGAUUUGUAAAGCAGGAAAAAAUAUUAAUAAUCUUGUAUUAACUUUGUCUGUAAUUAUCGUUUUGGUUACUUGGGAUAUAGAUAGCCAACAGACUGCACCUUUGAAAAUAUAUAUAUAUCUUUGAUUGUACUGUAAAUGCAAAUGGACGCUCAAAUAUGUAAAGCUUUAAAUGUACAAAGUGUGUUUGCCACAACUCAUUAUUUAAGACAAAACUGUUUUUUUUUACAACUUAUUCACCGACUUUUUCUUCCUGAAAACCAAAAGAUAUUGCUCGGGUGAUACCAUGAUAAGAGAAUGAUUAAGAAUAUUUUAUUGCAUACAAGACUUGUUAGACAGAUAUAAGCAUUUCACAUGCUACAAAACUAUGUAAAUAUCAUUCUUAUUUUUAGAUAACAAAUUCUGAUUCUGUUAACUCUGUAGUCAAAGAUAAAUGAAGAAGAGGGUGUGAUUCCACUAUUUCCCAUCAUCUUAUAUUAUUUACGGUAUGUGUUAUUUGUGACGUUUGUUAAUUUCAAUGAAUAUCAUGUCCAAGUCUGAUUGACCAAAACAAAAAGAGCAAAACAUAUGUGUGCUAUGGAUUAACAAAGAGUAUUCCUACCUAUAAAGGUGGAUAUAAACAACAUAUACACAUUAUUUGUAUUAUGUGUGAGGUAAAUUCUGAUAAUUAUCUAUUACUGUUCACCUCCUGUUGUUUUAUGAUCCACAUCUUCUCGUCGCAGAGAUUUGCAUUUUAAUGACACAAAUCACUUUAUAUUUGGCACACAACCCCAUUUAUCAGUCAGUUUGUUUGCACAGCUUUGCAGUUAGUGAAACUUCGGUGAAGUAAUUUUAUGAUCUUUGGUAGUGAUUCAGUUUUAAACCCUUCUCUUGUUUUAUUCUUCGAUACCGAUAUUCAACAGUUAAAACCAAAAUCCAAGAAGGAGACAGCCAUUAUUUUAAUACUGAAUUUUAUAAGAUAAUUCAAGUUUAACUUUCCACUGUUGAAAUCAAGCACAUAUAAAAUAUACAUGUAGAAUAUGUAGCAUUUCUAGGGACGGUGUGUGGCCAAAGAGGGCUAAGAUGCCUCAAGGCAAAGGUCUUGCUGUGGAAGAGCAGGUUAAGAAUGAAGCCAAAUGUUAUUGUUGAGAUUCCCAAUGCUCUACACUGCUGUGAAGUUAUCAUUGUAAUGCACUGGUUUGUCAUGCUUUCUCAUCAGCAUGAAAAAACUGAACUGAGUCUGAUGCAGAAAAAAAUAAAGAUUUUUUAUGACUA